AUGUCAAAAAGUAAUAGUAAGACAAAUUUAAAUAACAAAACUACAAUUAUCUGUAUAAAAAAUAGUGCUGAAGUAAGAAAGAAAGAAAUUUCUAAAUGUGAUAUAGUUAAAAGACUUUCAGAUACUAGUCUAAAUGUUAAAAAUAGUUAUAAAUUAAAAGAGAAUGGAAGAAAAAAGUAUAAUUUAAGAUUAUCAGAUAAAAAAGUUUCAUAUGGUAAAGAAAAAAUUUGUAAAAACUCAAAAAAGCAUAGUAAAAGUAAAAAAAAAAGUAGUAAGAAAAAGAAAAUUUCGCCGAUUGUCAAUUCUCAACAAAAUAAUGAAAAUUAUGACCUUCACAUAAAAACAUCAAGUUUAAAAAAAAAUAAAAAAGAUAAAUUAUUAUCAACAUCAGAAACAGAUAUGAAAAAACAAUGUAAUAUAAUUAGAAAAGUAAAAUCAGUUCCUCUACAAUCUAUUCCAUUUCAAAAAUGUAAUCAAAAUAAACCUAAAUAUUCUAGUAAAUUUAAUAGUAAAGUAUUAAUUGAAAAUGAAUUUGAUGAAAAUUUUUUAGAACGUCUGAAAAUAACAAAAAAAAACAAGCAAUUUAUUCAAUGUAAUUGCGUUGUUAAUGAAUCAUCAUGGAGUAUUUUUUCAAAUAAAAGUAAAAAGUUGUGGCUUAAUGCAAAAAAUCUUUUUAAAAUUUUUUUUAUACCUGAAGCAGAAAGAAACUUUACUCAAAAAGCAAUUUUUUGGCCACAAAAAUCUAACUAUUAUUUUUAUCAAAUUAAAAAUUAUGAAGAUAAAUCAUUUAAUAUUCAACAUUUAUAUUUAAUGAAUAAAUAUAGAUCCUUAACGUUAAAUGAUUCUUUAAAUGAAAAUACAAGAACAAAACUUGAAGAAGCAUACAGUAAUAUUAUAAGUUUUGUAACAGAUGAAGAUGAACCUCAAGGUGAAUUUCUUUUUGGACAUAAUCAUCCAUGUUAUGUAUUUACUGAUAAAGUUAAAUUUUUUUUUAUAAAAGAUAAUGAAAAUGGGGAAACAAUACCAUGUGCAUAUACAAUUACAGGAAAACCAACAAAAUAUACAUUAAUAUAUUCACAUCCAAAUGCUUAUAGUCUUGAAGAUUUAAUUAUUGGUUUUCCAAGUUUAUAUGAUAUUGCUCAAUUUCUAAAUGUUGAAAUUAUAGCAUACGAAUAUCCAGGAUAUGGUAUAUGUGAUGGAAUACCAACUGAAGAAAGAUUAAUUAAUAGAUUGACGGCAGUUUAUGAUUAUUUAACAAAGGAAAAAAAUAUUUUACCAAGUGAAAUAAUAUUAUUAGGUUACUCAUUAGGUGGUGCUUUAUCAAUAAUGGCUGCAGCAAAUAACAAAAAUAUUGGUGGUUUAAUAUUAUUUGCCACACCAGCUAGUUUUAAAAGUUGUAUUAAAUAUAAACUUUUUUGUUCAAGUUCAGUAAAUGAUAAAAAAAGUAAUGAACCAUUUGAUGUUAUCUUCAAUAUACAAAUGAUAAAAUGUCCAACACUUGUAAUACAUUCUAAAAGCGAUAAACUUGUUCCAAUAUCCCAUUGUGAUACACUUUUAAAAUAUCUUGGCAAAAAAGCAGAAUAUUUAACACUGGAAGACACACUACAUAAUGGCACUGAGAGAAAUUUUGAAGUUUGGUUAACUGUUAAAAAAUUUCUAUUUGAAGAUUUGCCUCGAAAAAAAGAAGAAAUAAGCUUUUAA